AAUUAAGGUGCUCGUCUCAUACGGCGAAACAACUUUCAUUGGAUGGCAGGUGUGUCGAAAAAAUUUACAGUGUGAAGGGAAUUCCGCUCUCUCUUGCAUCAGUAAGAAAAAAAAAAUGUCAAAACUGCUACUCCGCCUAAGUCUUCUUCAAGCUCUGUGUCUUCACUUGGCCUCCUCGUCCUGUCCGAAAUUUAAGCUGGACAGCUCGGACGACUGGAAAUACCCUGGAGGCGUAAUUAACUACACCCUGACGGUAUCCCUGUGUGCCGGAACAACCGUGCCAAUCAUUGCGCGCUUCAAGCUUCCCUCCAACAACACCGCAGUCAUGCGCAUAGCGAAAUGUGACAUUACCAUCGAUAAGACCCAGGUCACCUUCACCGGGAGUGACGCGGUCAUUAUGACGUCAUCACAGGGCGAUGGAGUCAUCGACGAAGCAAACGUGGAUUUGAAGAAUGCUACAGCGACUGGGGCGAGUGACAUCAGAUUGGAUUGUUGGGUUCAAUUGAUGAGCACUCCCUCUAACGGACUAAAGAACUGGGUGAGCGCCGGUGUGGAGUACACGAAUGGGUCUAUCUGGGUUGCUCAACUGGCGUUUAAAGCCUUCGUGCCAUGGAUAACCCGGCCAGUGCUGAUCGUCACUACGGCGAUACAAGAACAGGCGACGGAUGACGUUCUACAAGGAUCUCUAGUCCUGAAUGUGACAGUAAGUCAUGACACCGCCAAGACAACAGCUGAGGCAAGCGAUGUCUUUGUGCGAAUCAGCACCCCAAAAUUCCUGACCUACGCAUCCAAGGAGGGGUCCGAGGAGCUAGUCAGCAACACUGUUCAUACACUGACAUUGAAGAUUCCAAGUCUGAGCUUUUCAUCCAAAAGUCAGUUCAAUGUGACAUAUCAGAUCGAUCCGACCAAAACAAUGGCUGACGGGAAGGUCCACAGGGGCUCACUGCUCGUUCGCGCCAACUGCUGCGAAAAGAAGGUCGCGCUGAAGAAGAUAAAGGCCUUCAAAUUCUACGUACCACGAGCCGCUUGCGACGCUGCCCUUGGUAUGGCCAGCGGUACUAUCACAGAUGCCAUGCUCUCCGCAUCUUCCGAGGCCACUGCUAUCGGAGCUGCUGUGAAAGGCAGACUCAACAAUUUAAACGCCUGGAUUCCAUUCAUACACAACAAAUGGCAAUUCUUCCAGAUCAACUUUGGAGCGAUGAAAAAGGUUGGCCGUUUGGCUGUGCAGGGCCGAGGGACCGGGUACAAUGACGAUAUCGAUGCGUACGUUAAAAGCGUCUCAUUCUACUCCAGCCUCGAUUGCGCGCAAUGGAAGCCCGUGAAGCGUGGUGGGAAAACGAGGGUAUUCCGAGCAAACAAGGAUCGCACCAGAACUGCAGUCAUCCCUCUCGGUGAAGAAGUUGAAGGGAAAUGCUUCCGUAUCGAGCCAAAAAGCUGGAAUACCCAGAUUAAUAUGAGGGUAGAGUUGUAUGGGUGCGCCUCUUCUGCUGCUGACCCUGCAGGUUUUGUGGCUAUGGCAGCUCGCAUGUUUUUGCUGGACACCACCUCCAACUUCUUGUUCUUCUGCGCUCCAAGAGUGGACAGAAAGCCACAGGACCCAAGCUGCUUCUACACUAAGAACAACGGAGAAUCUUACUACGCUAUUGACCCCAUAGUUCUUAACAUCAAAUACCUGGACCCAACGAAGAAACUGCUCUACGGUAUCGGGAACAACGGACUGAAGUUAGCAUGCGCAGCGGACGCUGUCUCGGAGUGGGGGGUGAUCGCGGACGCAGAGUACACUGCAGCCUCCUCGGCCUCGGGCGUGCUGCAAGCUAAAUCCGCUGACCACCUAACAACCACUGCAUCCGGGGCACAGCCACUUGCCGCUGACCAGCUGGCCCUGACAAGCGGACAAACAUGGGGAGCCACUGGCGAGGGACUCCAUUACAAGGCGAGCUCAUCUUGGGCUCUGAAGGCCACCUGGUACUAAAAAAGUGCUGCACUUCACGUAGUCAGGAUCGUAUUAAUUUUUUAGUAGUAGACGCUCAUCGUUUUAGGUCUUGAACUUGACUCAAGGUCGCUCGUACUGCGAAGACCGUGUAUGUAUAAUAACUGCUGAGUGCCCCACCCUUUCCCCUCUCUCCUCCAACCACUGGCGUGGAUCCAGAACUAGUGAGCGCAAUGAGCCAUGGGACGGUUUAGCGCCGACACACAGGACCAUGGGAAGGGUGAACCGUACCCAAGCUCCCCUAGGCGCUUAGUCCGGUCACGCUAGUAAGCCCAUGGGUCCAUUCUCUUCUCUACUAGGUCUAGCCUAUUCUAUUUCCACUUGACUAAACACCACCUCCUGUUACAUGAAUACGACUAACACCACCUCCUGAUACAUGAAUACGACUAUCAUCACCUCCUGUUACAUGAAUAUGACUAUCAUCACCUCCUGUUACAUGAAUACGAUUAUCAUCACCUCCUGUUACAUGAAUACGACUAUCAUCACCUCCUGAUACAUGAAUACGACUAUCACCACCUCCUGUUACAUGAAUAUGACUAUCAUCACCUCCUGUUACAUGAAUACGACUAUCACCACCUCCUGUUACAUGAAUACGACUAUCAUCACCUCCUGAUACAUGAAUACGACUAUCACAAGAGGCGGAGGUAUCCCCAGAUGAAUUUGUCCGCAUUUAAAGCACGCAAUCCUGAAUGUGGGCUGUUCCUGGUUACGGCAAUUUGCAGAUUAUUUACGAAAAGCACAUGAUAGUAUAAUAUUAAUAACUAUGAUAGAAUCUUAAGAGCCUAAUUAAUUUUUAGAUCAGAAAGCGUUUUUCUUUACUACUAUUUCAUAUACUUUUUAAAACAAAAAACAUAUAUUAGUACUCCUUCGAACGAUACAAAUUGGUUUAAGUUGGUGAAAAAAGGGUAAUCAAUAUUGUAGGAAUAUUCCGCCUAUACAGUAAAAACGGGAGAUAGCCAGAAAGAAUCCAAACAAUCAUAGUUAUGAAUCUUAACAUAUAUCUUAAUGCUACCCGUUAAACGGCGGAAAAUCAUCAGUUCCUACCAUCAGCGUGGUCAGCGGGGAUAUUAAAACACCACGCGCAAACAAGGUGCGCAGCUGAUAAAACAGCCCCUUGCGGGCGGUGCAUAGUGGGUGUACAAUGUUUGGUGGUACUGGGGUUGUUGUGCAGAGUAUAUUGGUGUUAUCCAGUAGCACUGUAGAAUAUCCAUUUUGGCAUGGAAAUGAAAACUACCUUUAUUAGUAUAGCAUACUACUCUAUUUGUAAUCACAUUAUCAGAUUAUGAAAAUAAAAUAAAUAUUGCACA